AUCUACCUGCGUUACGCGAGAACUAGCCUCUCGGAACGAGUCACUUUUCCUCGCUCCAAAACUGGAAGCUUUCCUGCUGGCGUUGCAACGCUUCAUACAGGCGCGUGUUGAAUUGAAACGUAUCGUUUCGCAGAAGGAACACGCAUUCAGUGUUACUAUUUUCCCUCCGCCAUACCCCCAAGUUUUGAACCUCUGAUCAAAAACAGUGUUUUCAUCGGAGCUCCGACGUCCAUGGAGUUUAACUUUCGUCAAGAUGAUCUCAAGUCACCGUCUUUUCAAUUCCCUUCGCCGAUACAAAGCCACUUCUCCGACCCCUCCUUGUUGCGAGGUGGUUUCCCGAGUGUCUUUUCAGUGCCGCCGAACACUGAGCAACUGCUGAACCCCAACGUCGCCGGAGAAGAUUUACUACGGAAGCUGGAGAAAGAACGAAUCCGGCGAGAGAUAAUCUCCGGCGAGAUUGCGAGGAGGCGAAUGCUGGAGGAGGAGGUGAGGAGGGAACUGAUGCUGGAGAGAGAACUGGCAUUCCGACGGAGUUUGGGAGAGAAAUUCUUGCUCGACGAGCAAGUAGGGUUGAAUCCCAGACUCAACGUGAUUCCUUGUCAUGAUAAUCGGCCACUUGAGGAGCGAAUCGCAUUCCCAAGUAGCAGGCAAACCGUGGCCCAAGUUACGCAACCUGUGAACCCUAGAAUCAAACCUGAUCCUGACACUAACAAGUAUAAAUUGAUCAUGCUGGCCAAGCCAAAACCAGAUCUUUAUAGAGAAAAGCGGAAAGUUGUAACGCAAGAUGCUGAUGAUGAUGAUACAGAACCUUCACCUGCUAGCGUGAGGAAAAAAUCCAAGGAUGACUGGAGCUGUGCACUGUGUAGUGUUAGCGUCACAAGCGAGAAAGCCUUGAAUGAACACCGCCAAGGUAAAAAACACAAGGCCAGGGAAUAUGCACAAAAGAGAAGAAUGCAGAAGAUAGGUAUGAGUGCUAGCCCGUCGUUUACAUCAAAGAACAGUGAAAAGUCUCUGAAGUCUCCUGAAACCAUUGUUACUACUACAACUUCAGGUUUGAAGGCAAAAGCAGACGCUCAAGUUCAACCAGAAGUGACCAAGGUAGACACAAAUAAUCAGACAGUGGUAGGCGAAGAUCUUGUGGAAAUCAAAACUGAAGGUAAGGAGAUGGUGGAGAAAAUCCAAACAGAAAAUUCAAAGAAGCAAAAUAGGACUGAAACAGAAAAGGUAAUGAUACCAAAUGCAGAAAACAAAAGAUUCAAGUUUUGGUGUGAACUCUGCCAUGUUGGAUCUUUCUCUAUGAUUGUGAUGGACAACCAUAAGAGAGGGAGAAAACACAACAACCGAUUAAAGAGAUCUCGUCAAAAUGACGGGAUUGCUCCUCCCGCAUAUUCUGGAGUAUAGAAGCUUCUCCAUUAUUGACAAAAGAUGCAGAUGGUUGUCCUAACGAUGAUAGAGAGGUGGUUGAAGGUUUUCUAAACGGUAAAUAUUCUACGGCAGCAUAAUUUUGAGGUUAUAGAAUGGUGGGUGAAGAACUAUGAUCUCACAAAAAUAUGCUGCAAAUCCUGUAGUUGCUAGCAUUUGUAGGGUUAGUUGACUUAAGCAGACACUGGAUAUUUUCUUAGGCGUACGCCAAGUGACAUGUAUAAACUCUUAUGAUCUUACGUUAACAUCUGGCUUAAUUGAAAAACCUAUUAACUUCA